GCCAGACUGCUUCAUGGAGCCCCAAGGGGCGCAGCUGCUAACUUUGGAGGCUCAGGGACCCGCGUCCUUUGGAGAUCCCCUGCCAGCCGAGGAGCUGCCCAACAGAGGGGCCCUCUACAUGGAGGGUGGCAGGGACGGCUGCAGCAUAGCGGAGUCCGGGAGCCCAGACGCCGAGCCCAGGUCCCCAGAGGAAGAGGCUGCCCUCCGGGAACAGGAGGAACUACUGGAACACCGCCGCCGCCGCCGCACGCGUUCCUUCUCGCUGCCCGCGGACCCAAUCUUGCAGGCGGCCAAGUUACUGCAGCAGCGACAGCAGCUUGCCCUGGGGCUGGGCGCGGAGGGCGGCGAGGGCUCCGAGGACGCGCCGCACAGCCCACGUGGCUGCUGCGCCAAGUGCAAGAAGCGGGUGCAGUUCGCGGACGCCCUGGGGCUGAGCCUGGCCAGCGUUAAGCACUUCAGCGAGGCCGAGGAGCCGCAGGUGCCGCCAGCAGUGCUCUCCCGCCUCCGCAGCUUCCCCAUGAGCGCUGAGGAGCUGCAGCAGCUUCCAGGCCUGAUGGCGGCGGCGGCCGCCGCGCAGCCUCCCGGGCUCCGGCCUGCCUUCGAGCUUCCCGGGCCAAGCGCCGCGGCCGAGCGCCUGCGGCGGCAGCGCGUGUGCCUGGAGCGCGUGCACUGCUCGGCGCCCUGGGGCGCGCAGGUGACUGGCUCUGGCCGGGUGCUGGGCUGCCCCGGGCCGAGGACCGUGGCAGUGCGCUAUACUUUCACCGAGUGGCGCUCUUUCCUGGACGUGCCCGCCGAGCUGCAGCCAGAGCCAGCGGAGCCCCAGCGGCCAGAGGCGCCAUCGGGGGAACGUGGGCCCAGGGGUGCCGAGGAUGAGCCGGGUGCCGAGCGCUUCCACUUCUCGCUGUGCCUGCCCCCCGGCCUGCAGCCGAAGGAGGGGGAGAAGAUGGAUGCGCCGGACGUCGCCGUCCACUUCGCCGUCUGCUACCGCUGCGCCCAGGGCGAGUACUGGGACAACAACGCGGGCGCCAACUACACGCUGCGCUACGUGCGCCCAGCGGACGCGCUCUGAGCCCCGGACCCGGCCCUCUGCCCCGCGACACCCCACAGAGCUCGAGGGACCGUGGGACCGGGGGACUUGCCCGGACGCUUUGCUGAGCGUCGUCCACCUGGAGGGGAGCGUGGAAAGACAGGAGGGAGCCGUUCAAUCGUAAACUCGCACUCAGACAGAUCCUGCAAGCAAACGUGUGAGCUCUGGCAAAGCACCCAAACUCCAACCCCUUUUCUCGUGGCUCAGGCCUUCCUAGCCGACCUCUUGAAUUCUCCUCGUGUAAGAAUGGGAAGAAAUCCUCAAGACUCGGAGCAGUUUUCUUCAAGUAAAAGGCUCCUGACUCUUGAGCGAUACUGUAAGAUCUUGGGAUAUGUUUUUAACUGUAGACAUCGUGUUUUUAGCCUUUGCAGAUUGCUGGAGACCACUCUGGUCCCAGAAAGGACGAAGCAUCCCACCACAGUGAACCAAGGGAAGGCGCUGGACUGUGGGUGCACGCUGGAGACCCCACCGGGGUCUGUUUCCCAGAGACAACCGGGUGGGGGCGUGGCCUGCUGUCCUUUUCUCUUAACCGGGAUCUGGGAGAUGUUUGCCCAGACUUUGUGCCUUUGUGUACAGAUGUCCUUUAAAAAAGUAAAGGCCACUUGCACACCC